AUGCCCGCACCUCCUCGCCCCGGCCGUGGCAGACCCGCCGCCUUUUCCAAGCAUGACGAGGAUCUCUGGAAAGCCUAUGCCAAAGCACUCCAGACAAAAUUCUUCAGCAAUAUUGAUACAAAGAAUGAGAUCUUCUAUGCCGCUCCCAUCGGGGUAAUGGGCAUUCCUGUUGGUGGUAAUAUUCCUCAGGAAAUCACCAACAAAGGGGUUUACGAUAUUGGCGAUGCUGUCAUGCAGCUGGAUGCUCCAGUUUUCGCUUCUGGAGACAAGAAGUACUCUCAGCGACUUCAAGAAGUGCUUGGGGCCGUAGAGCUCCGAGGGAAUCGAGACAUGGGUGCCCAGAAACGAUUGAACGACAUUCAAGCAAAAGUCAGAAAGCUCAAUGCACAGCAUGCAGAGCUGAUGAUGAAAGUAACGGAGGCUUACGCGGCUGACGAAGAUAAAGGCAACCUGACUAUCGGACAGUGGAUUCCAAGAAAUUACCCGAGCUUUGACUUUUUGUCUCGAGAGAAGCAAGCUGCUUCUGCGACUGAAGCAUCUCUGCGUGCUCAGCUUGGCGGCCCUGCUGCUGAUCAGCUCAACAGGCAGAGGCAGAGGCUGUUCAGUGCCUGUGAACCGGAUAAAGCCAAUCCUGGGCUCAACAUGCCAUGUGCCCUUAGCUUUGGCAACAUCGUCAACGGUUUUUCUGAUCCUCCCCAGGAAAAUGGGGGAUUUUUGAGACCUACCUAUACCAUCGAAAACUCUUACAGUGACACGGCUAGUAACUGGAUCAGGGACGCCGGUGGCGAGAACAAGCUAAGCUUGACCUUCAACAUCAAUGAUGCAAAGUCAGAGAGUUGGGACAAGUUUGGUUUCGCUAAUGUCAACGCCAAUUCGGGCUUCACUUGUUUCUUCAAGGCGAGCUACACCCAGGAUCAUCAGAUGAAGGAGGAAUUGAUCACGGCUCAGGAGGCUGGCUCUGAACUCUCAGUGCAACUGUCAGCGGCCGAAGCGGGUGUCUUUACCGUCAAGCCAGGUGACUGGGAUGUGCCCAACAUCAUGGAGGAGUACCGAGACUUUCGACCCGAAAUCGCUCGUGAGAUUGGUGCUGCGGCCAGAGUCGACCAAAUCAUUCUGGCUUACAAGGUCGCCAUGAAGCUGUCCUUACAAACCAAUGUCGCCGAGCGUGUCUAUGAUAUAACUCAAAAGGCCAAGAGCACUGGCGGGUCAGUGAGUUUCUUUGGACUUGAGGUUAGGUUUGGGGGAGGAAGCAAGGACGAGGUCAACACUUCUGGCUCGUCUAUUGAAAUCCGCAAGGACCUUGGAUAUCCAGUUCUACUGGGCGUGAAGGGCAAGAAACUUCCGGGCCUUCGUCGCUAG